CGAACAGUAAAAAAUCAUACGCCCUCUUGACUUGUCUCUCAAUAAUAUCGCCUUGGUCGACGUAACCUGCCGGUACGCAGUGCCAAAACACUUUUUCCAUUUGAUUGUUGACGAAAAAAAAUAAUAAAUAACUCAAAUAAACAAAAAUGGCACUCAACGUACUUAAAUCACGAGGAAUUCCCAGUAUUAUCCGGAGAUUACAGAGUGAAAUCACAAGCACUUUAGCCAUUAGACUGUCUGCAAACGACCCGAUCGUCCGUAAUUAUGCCCAGGGAGGUGACAAGGGAUUUCGAAUUGAACGCGAUACCUUCGGAGAAUUGAAGGUACCAGCUGAUAAAUAUUAUGGAGCACAAACCUUGAGGUCUGUUAUGAAUUUUCCCAUUGGCGACAGCUUCGAACGAAUGCCGUAUGGAGUAAUUGUUGCAAUGGGAAUUCUCAAGAAAGCAGCGGCAGAAGUAAAUAAGGGAUUCGGUCUAGAUCCAAAAAUAUCCGAAGCGAUAAGCAAAGCAGCGGACGAUGUGAUAAGUGGGAAGCUUUACAACGAUCACUUUCCCCUCGUUAUUUGGCAGACAGGUUCAGGGACUCAAUCAAACAUGAAUACCAACGAAGUAAUUUCUAAUCGAGCUAUUGAAAUUCUGGGUGGAGAGCUGGGCUCGAAGACUCCGGUUCAUCCCAACGAUCACGUCAACAUGUCGCAAUCCUCCAAUGACACUUUUCCCACAGCGAUGCACAUUGCAGUUGCCCUUGAGAUAAAUAAAGUUCUACUUCCAGGGCUGACUAAACUGCACCAGGCACUCGAUGCCAAGGCGAAGGCCUGGAAAGACAUCAUUAAAAUUGGAAGGACUCACACUCAGGAUGCUGUACCCUUGACACUAGGACAAGAAUUUUCAGGAUAUGCCACUCAGGUUGAGUAUAGCAUCGCGAGAGUGAAGGACACGCUUCCACGGCUAUAUCAAUUGGCCUUGGGUGGAACAGCCGUGGGAACUGGACUCAACACGAAAAAGGGUUUCGCUGAAAAAACUGCAGCAAAAAUUUCUGAGCUCACUGGAUUACCGUUUGUCACUGCUCCAAAUAAAUUCGAGGCUUUAGCAGCUCAUGAUGCCAUUGUCGAGGUCCAUGGGGCCCUGAACACCGUCUCCGUUGCUCUUAUGAAGAUUGCAAAUGACAUAAGAUUCCUAGGCAGUGGCCCGCGCUGUGGCCUUGGAGAACUGUCUCUUCCGGAAAAUGAACCCGGAAGUUCUAUAAUGCCUGGAAAAGUGAAUCCAACGCAGUGCGAGGCGAUUACAAUGGUUUGUGCUCAAGUUAUGGGUAAUCACGUAGCAGUGACUGUCAGUGGCAGCAAUGGACACUUCGAGCUCAAUGUUUUCAAGCCAGUGAUGGUAGCCAAUACUCUGAGGUCUGCAAGACUCCUUGGAGAUGCUGCCACGUCGUUCACGGACAAUUGUGUCGUUGGAAUUCAGCCGAAUAUCGAGAAUAUCAAGAAGAUCAUGAAUGAAAGUUUGAUGUUAGUCACUGCCCUCAAUCCCCAUAUUGGAUAUGAUAAGGCGGCAAAAAUCGCCAAACAGGCGCACAAGGAAGGCCUGACUCUCAAAGAAUCAGCCCUGAAGAAUGGUCUCACAGAUCAGCAAUUCAACGAUUGGGUGAGACCAGAGCAGAUGUUGGGGCCCAAGUGAACACCUCUCUACUGCAUUUCUCAAUUUUGAUCAUCUGUUGAAUAAUAAAUAGAAUAAUAUCUUAUGAAUGAAAGAGAAUGAACUUCGGUGAAUAAAUUUUAAUCAAGUUUGGA